AUGAAAGAAGAAUUCCUGUUCACCAAUAGAAGAGGCGCCAAAAUAACAGGACUCCGUAUAUCGGAUCCAUUAUCUGAACUUCCUGAUGUCAGAAUCUCUCCAGCUGGGAAACAUCGUAUUGAUAUCCCAGUGCUUAUAUUACACAACCAUAGCACCGCAUCUUCAGGGAUUCUCUUAGUGAGCGAUUUAACACGAAUCAAACAAAAAACAUCUGUAAAAUCUAAUCAAACUGCAUUUGUUUCCGGUGUUCCUGAAUGCAAACUUGAAAACAAGGUGUUUGAUAAAGAUGAAUUAUUUAUUGUCAGAUUGAAAAAAGAAACCUAUGCAUCAUACUUGAAAAUAUACAAUGAUCAACGUGCAAGACCUGCCAUAGCUCGCAUCAACUUUGAUCUUUCCAAAUUGGGCAACCUGAAUUAUGAAGGGUAUGGAAAUCGUUGUCGAAUUGUUUACAAGCACAACUUAUUUCGUGAAAUGGUUGGCAUUGAGCGUGAGUUUAUCAAUUUUAUUGAUCGGUUGAAAGCUUGUGUGAGUCUGGACUAUUAUAAGAAUCUUGAUCAGCUAUAUGGGUUUACGGAGUUUGUAAUGACGCAUGGUGUCCUGGAUGAGGAUAUUGAGAAAUUAUCGCAAAAUCCCACUUUUUUACAAAGUCAAGUACCCAAUGGGGAUACCGAUGAGGAUGAAGUUGGAAUUGAUAAUGGCGAUGGGUUGUCUCCCAUUGUAAACAAUAACGAUGUUAGCUUCAGUGCCAAUCCACCUAGUAUUCAAGCCAAGAAAGAUUCCGUCGACAUUGUCGACAGAGUUGAAUUCCAAGUCCCUAAUGAUGAUGAUGAUUACGAUGACGAUAUUUUUUCAGAUGAGGAUAUCGAUGUUGGGGCUUUUGCAACGGCGCCAUCAAAAAUUGUCGAAGACCAAUUCUCUAUAUCUCAAGAUAUUGAAACUGACAGGGCAAGGAAUGGUGAAGCUGGUUUGCUUCGAUUGCAAACUAGUAAAUCCAUGAGAGUAUGUCAAUUUGCAACCAUCACCGAUUUCAAACAAGCUUGCCAAAAUACAAAAUCUGGUAAUGAAUCAACAACCUUUGUGAUUGGCUCAGUAAAUUGUUUUGCGAUGGUACCGGAGGUUCCAUUGGUGAUUACGCCAUCCAACAAACAAAUCAAGGGGUUUGCAUUUUUUAAACUAGUUGUAGGUGAUGCUAAUGGCAAAACAUUGGCAACUGAGUUUCUGCACCAAGAUCUUUGCCGCUUUCUUGAAAUACCAAAUCUUGAGCAACUACAAGGUAAGGAACUACAAAGAGUGAAGCAGCAAUUUGCCCAGCUUUUGAAUAAAAAGGAUGUAAAAGGUGUAAAGUUAAAGAGUAAAACUAAAAUUCUCAAUCGUGGUAUCAAAUUGAAAACCUGGUGUAUAGAAUCCCCCAUAUCAGAGCUAAUUUAA